UUGUAUCAUUGGGGAGAGGUAUCAGAGAGUCAGCACCUCGUUCUAAUCAAUUAACCGCGGUGGUUUAGCGACGAGGUACACGAAAAACGGUCCUCGUCCCUGAGAGAGCACGCCGUACUAUACCCGAGUAUUUGUCACGUCCAAGAAAGCUCCGCCUUUUGGCAUCGGAUUCAAAGGAAGAGGAUGUAGCCAGCAUCCCGUAAACGCGAUCUGGCCGAAGCGUGGGUGUCCGUGUAGGAGGAUCUUCGAGAGAUCCCACCUCCCUCGUGGAACGUCUCCUUUCCUCUCGAUCCUCCUUCUCGGCGAUCCACGAUCGAUUCACCUCUGGGAGAGGAAACCAGCAGGAAGGAGAGGAGGAGGAGGAGGAGGAGGAAUCCCUUAUGAAAAGAGAGAGGGCACGCCAUCGGAGAGUGAUGUACCGAUGAUAAGCCACGAGGUGUGUAGUCGGCUCGGGGGAGUUCUUUCUGAUUCAUCCGAUGUCGCGCGUUCGCGCCCGCAGCUUUAAGCUCCUCUUGUCAGCAUCCGGAUCUCGAGGUGAGGACAAGUCCUGUUGACGAGAGGUGUGAGAGCCCGUCGACGAUGUCGGGCAUCCUCUGAUAUUCGGCCAGGAUCUCGAACCCCGCUGAUUGCCCCGAAACGCUUUAAUGAGUGUCCGCGAAAGAUAAGCAUUCUACGAGCCUCCUCGUCUUCUUCUCGUACCAACGUGGUCCCGUCGUCACUGAACACUGUAUCACGUUCCCACGUGUCUAUCGGAUUGUUUUAUGUGCAGAGAACAAAAUAAAGUUCACGGGUGAUCGAGACCACUGUGUUCAAGUGACUGUGAUCAAACUAGUUAAGUGAACUGUACACGAAUACGUUUUCUACUAAAAGUGAAUCGAACGGAUUGUUACAUCGGUGAACUUUGAGUCAGUUCGUUGAUGCAGUUUAGAAACCAGUGAGAAUGCAACAACAACAUGAACAUCGACACGACAUCGUCACCGAUUGUUGCUACCAGCAGUGGACGCAUCAUCAGAAUCAUCCCCAACCCGUGACGAGCGUACCAUCUCCGAUGCAACAGAUGGAAGCGUGUUUACAAUCCGCAGGGAGGGCGAAACGCUCCCGCAGCCCGAACUUGCCGAAGCCUUCGUUACCGCCGCAGGUCGUCAAUUCUUCGUCGACUUCCGUCGAAACCCGUAAUGACAGCAAUAAUAAUAAUCAUCAUCACGGCGAUCAUCAUCCGAGCGAGAGCGCGACAAAUCCGACGGAAGAAGUCAGUACGAAAAGACCCCUUCAUCCUGCAUUGGUAGGCGCCGGGGCAGCUCUCGAAGCGAAACCGCUUUGGGAGGAAUUCCAUCAAUUAGGAACCGAAAUGAUCGUCACCAAAGCUGGCAGAAGAAUGUUCCCUACGUUUCAGUGCCGAUUUUUCGGUCUGGAUCCCACGACCGAUUAUCUGUUGGUGAUGGAUUUCGUGCCUUGCGACGACAAGAGGUACAGAUACGCUUUCCACAGCAGUGCCUGGGUGGUUGCCGGCCGCGCGGAUCCAGUUUCACCGCCGAGGAUUCACGUGCACCCCGACAGUCCUGCGAGCGGUGCCCACUGGACGAAGCAACCGGUGUCCUUCGACAAGUUGAAACUGACCAACAAUCAGCUGGACGACAACGGGCACAUAAUUCUGAAUUCGAUGCAUCGGUACCAGCCGCGAUGCCACGUAGUGGUAGCACCCUCGCCGCCAGGUUCCGGGCCAGAUCCCCGAACCGAGAAUUUCAAAACGUUCACUUUCCCGGAGACACGAUUCACCGCAGUGACCGCCUACCAGAAUCACCGCAUCACGCAAUUGAAGAUCGCCAGCAAUCCCUUCGCGAAAGGUUUCCGCGACUGCGAGUCGGACGAAUGCGACUCGGUCGCGGUCUCUGGUAUGCAGAAUCCCGCGAAGAGACCAGCCACUGGGAGCACCAGCGUUCUGUCGUCGAGCUACGUGAACAGUAUACCUGCCGUGCAAAUCCCGAGCAUAUCGAGCCAAGAGCAUCAUCAAUUUUACGGUGCCUCCGCGACGGGACCCUGGACCUAUCCUGGUCACCAUGGACAGCCGGCUGCACACAUGAAUUCCGUCCACUAUUCGACGCAUCCUCAUCAUCCUCAUCCUGGAGCAUCGUUGUACGGCCCACGAUAACGUGGAACCGUAGUGAACGAUCGUGAUCAUCGUAUGACCAAAGUUUUAACCGCUGGCCUGCCAACGAUGUCAACGAAUCGAAAAUGAAUCGACGCCAAAGUAACGUUUCGUACGAUAGAGGCUAAUAUAAUCGUGUCUUAUUAAAAUUACAACGAACUUUAUACCAAAGAUAUAAAAUUAAGCAUAGAGUUAUCUAAUUUAUAUUACUAAAGAAGAUCUUUAAGAAAAUAAUUAUCCUGUUCGCUAUUUAUUCAAGUGUACUUAAUUACUAAUAAGAUGUACUCGAGCGACGAUCAUGUCUUACCGAACCGAGCAUCGCAGAAAUACAAGGAAGAAAAUCGAAGUUCUGUUCAUGUUAACAACGAUCGAAUCAUCGUGUGAUACAAAUCGGCUGGUGUCGUAGGUCCGUGUAGUCCAGUCGUAAAAGAAAGUGCCUUUUGUAGGAGCAAAGUGCAUCUAUUUAUACAGGGUGUCUGAAAUGCCGAACGAGCCUAAAACGCUCUCGAGCCAAGACGGGAAAAGUAAACGCACCGUGACAACCCAUGAGAAAGCUCGACUACUAAGUGCCUUAAUAAAUUAUUCCUCAAGUAUCCCGUGCCAUUAUCUUUCGAACCGUACGAUUUUCCAUCGACGAUUCGGUAAAUUGUAUCAAGAGAUUCAAGCGCAUUGCACGAAUAUUUGAGAAACAGAGAAUCUUUUCAAAUAAACGUAAACAAUUUCAAGUA